AUGUCGGGCGCAAACUCGUGGUUGGCAAGGCAGCGGAAGAGCGACCUCGUCGAGAUUGCCGAGCUGACCGGACUUACUGGGUACGAGAAUCAGAAAAAGGCCGACUUGGAAGUCACCCUAGAUGAAUACCUUGCCGAAAACACUAUUCAGUUCUCUCAGAACCCCAAGCUUGCAGGCUACUACACCAGUCGCUCUAAGGCUGCCGGCUCACCCGUCAAGAGGGAGGCUCCCUUGACCGAUCUCGUCAAGUCCACGCGUCGCAGGGCGACGAGAGCCAUCGAGGAGCUUCAGCCCGAGCCCGAGCCAGAAAGAGCCGAAUCCUCAAGCCCGGAGCCUGCCUUCUCAACCGCAUUGGCGACGCGAACUCCCGCCCGUAAUCUCUCUCUUGCGAGCCGUAUCCCUCUGCCCGCGACACCCGCUGAUGUUGCCGAGGCCGUCGACCGUCACACUGUCGCUCUGCGCGAGCGUGCGACAGAACUCUACGACCAGUCUGGCAUCCAGGAGGGCACCCAAGCUGUGCGCUCCUCCCUGUCAACCGUCACGUCGGUGCUGUUCACCGUGGCCGCGUUCGAGGCGUGGAACCUGAGAGCCGAAGUCCUGCCCCUCCGCUACGCCUUCACCAUCCCCGCGAUCCCGGCUCUGGGCACCAACUUCUACCCCGUCUACGUACCCGACGCGUUCCUGUUCGUGACCUCGUCCUUCUGGUCGCCCGUCACGCUGUGGACGCUCACUUCUGUCCUUAUUCCCUCCUUAUUCGGAUAUUUCUACAACCUGAGCGCGGCGAGCCAUCCCCAGCCUCGCGGCCGCAAGUCAUCGACCGUUGAGUACAACGUUGACCCCUUGGUCUUCAGCAUUGUCAAGGCUCUGAUCUCGUUCGUUGUUUACGCCCAAAAGGUCAACUUUGGCGGCUGGAUCAACGAAAACUCGAUCGACCGCAUCAACGGCGCUCUGUAUGGAGAGUGGAAGGGCAUCUUGACUGGUGCUGCCAUCACCGGGCUUGUUAGCCUCUACGAUGCCGUGCUGAAGAAGUAG